GAUAAGCAGGUGGAAUCAGCCAGUGACGAUAUCUCUGUUAACAAAAACGGACACGAGACAAUAGAACAAAAAUAUAACUAGUCCAGAUAAUAGUGUCAUUAAAAUACCUCUAAAAGUCCUAAGUGAUAGUGAAAAUGGUGUCUGUGCAAACGAUAGCCACUAUCGUAGUGAAAGCAUUCAAAAUUGUGCUGAACAUCGUGAUCCUGGUACUAUACCGUACCGGCUUCAAUGGCGAGUUCCUCGGGGUGGGCGGCACGUGGAACCUCAACGAGGAGAAGAACCCCGACGCCGAGAUCGUGGCCUCGGGCGUCAUCGUGGGCUACCUCAUCUACACGCUAGUGCAAGUCGUCACCUACUUGUUCGGGACUACGGAACACAAACGGGCGUUGUCGGAGGUGGUGAUGAACUUCGUGGGCGUGUUCCUGUGGAUCGCGGUGGGCGCGGUGGCGCUGCACUACUGGGGCGGCUACCAGGGCGAGCACCAGUACCAGUUCGUGUUUGCUGAGCGACAGGUGGGCAUCGCCGUUGGCGCUCUCUGCGUCAUACAAGGAGCGGUCUACUUGUUAGAUACGGCACUAGCUGUUAUACACUACACUAAGGAAAUGUAAAACUUUAUAUUACAUUUAUUUGGUAACCUGUGCACCAAGAUUGAUUUCGACAAGAUAUUCUCGUCCUGUGAAUCGGAACUCUCAGCCGCCAAAAUUGCGCCCCUCACUGAUAACGUGCCAGAGUACGGGGUAGGAGCUCGAGUGAUUUGGGCGAUGUCGGCAGGCGACAGGGAAGCCGAGGCGCAGGCGAAGAAGGGCGAGGAGGGGCCCGGAAAUGAGCGGGACAGCAAGGCGGCCGCCGCACUCAAGGUGCACUGGUGUGUCAGUCUGAGGGUUGUUGAGCUGGUGCUGUCGAUAAUCGCCAUCGGGCUGGUGGUGGGAACCCUGAACACGCCGCAGGUGGUGCAGUCGGACCACAGACACAUCGCCGUCAUCUUUUCCGCCUAUUCCAGUUUCAUCAUCAUCACCGGUGUGCUGAUCAUCGCCCGUCUGCUGGGAGAGACCCCCGGCUGGAGGACCUCCCUGGGCUUCUCCAUCCUCGGAGUCAUCAUGUUCACCGCCGCCUGCGCCGUCAUCUUCUAUGACUGGCACAGGUCGUACUACGCGAACAUGCGUCCCAACAAGCAGGCGUACGACCUCCUCAUCAGCUCGGGAGUCUUCGCCGUCAUCAACGCGCUCGUGUUCCUCAUCCACGCCUUCUUCACUUUCAUCAAGGAGGCCGAAUAUUAAAAAUAAAUUCGAAAAAAUGCUGCACCACUCCUCAGAAUAAAGAUUUAGAGGAAGGAUAAUAUUUCAAAAGAGGUUUCAUGGUUUUUGAUUCAAAGUUAAAAUUCGGUUGUGUUAAUCUUUAUACCUAACUGAAUUAAGUUUUCAUGUUUCAGUACCUAGUGUUGUUUAACUUCAGUAUUAAAAUGUUAUUUUAAGGCUCUUUGUAAAAUUUGCAAAAAUAAUUGUGUAUAAUGUUUUGUAGAAGGUAGGUAUAUUUAAGUUAUGUAAGCAUAUUUUUGUAAAAAUAAUUUUGUUGUGAGAAACAAAUUAUGUUUUUGCCCUACGUUGCAGCUUUAUAGUUGAAAAAUGAAGCAUUUUUUUUAUUUAUGUUUUUAUCGUUUUAAGACCGAAUAAUAAUACAUAGGCAAUCGGUGUUCACCAAGACGAACAUAUUUAAUCAGUAUCAUAAUAAUAUGUUAUAUUUGUAUACUCUACAGGUUUUAUAUCAAUCCGUAAAUAAAACUAUACAAAAACACGUCUGAUUAUAGUAUUGUGGUGAACACCAGCCUAAAUCUAUUAAUUAUUUAUGUAGGUACUAGAUGUACCUACCUACUUCGACAUUCCGCUGAAAACCAAAUUGUAGUGUUUUAGACUAAAAUAUAAGUAAGUUUUUAAGUAAUCUUAAUGAUAGACACCCUCUACUAUCUAUACACAUAGCUUAAAAAUAAAACAUACCUAAUAAUUAUGAACUUGAUGAAAGCAAACCACCGUUAAAAAUACUGUUCGUUAUUUUUUAUUUUAAAGUAAAUUUUACUUAUACGAAUGUAUAACACCUAAAUGGUUACUCAACACCUAUUCUUAACACAUUUGUUUUUUUCAUUUCUUUGUUAUUUACUAACCAAUACCCUUAAUUAUAAAUAAGUUGUCUGAAAAAAUCAGUAUCCGUCCAGUUGUUAGUUUUUAUACAUCUUUUAUUAAUAUUUUUUAGAAAACCUUAUUAAGUUAGGUAUUGUAAAAUGAUUUGUCGCAUAUUAAACAUGUAAUCAGUUUCAGUAAUUUAACUGCAGUAGGUAAGUUUAAUUUGUAUAUUCGAAUUCUUUUUUUGUCAGAAUGGUGUGAUGCAUAAAUUCCCAAAGGUGCAUUAUAUUAUAAAUAGAUAGGUACUUACCUACUUAUUUACUUGGGUAAGUACUAGGUAUUUAAUAUUAUUAGCAUAUGCUUGAUGGUUCUGAUCAAAUAUAAUCAAAUUCAUUAGGUUUAGUAUUGCUUAGGGUUUAUCUAAGUAAAACAGACUUUCACAUUACAUAAUACCUAUUUAUAAUCUCGUUUAUUAUUUAAAUUACAUAAUAAGUUUUAAAAUGCAGGCGCUAAUGUUACCUAAACGUUUAAUUUCAUAUAUUUUUUCGUAAAUUAUAUAGGUACAUUCAAAUAAAAAGGUACUGGCAGUAACCCCAUGUUAAAUCAUGUUGUAAUUAUAUUAACAUAAAUAAAUUUAAUACAUAAUACACUAUGAUAUGAUUUAAAUAAACUACAUUUAUUUA